AUGGGGGGUGGCAUGCCAAAAGUGCCGGAUUACCGGAUUUACAAAUGGGAGCGAGUGCCAGAACUGGUGGAGCUAAAUAAUAAAUUGGCUAAACAUGGACUAAAAGACCCCUGGAUCAGCCGGAAUAUUCCUAGAAACGAAGUUUGGCGCUGGCAUCCGGCGUGGGGAACGGCAAAAGGUCGAACAUGGGGUCUUUUGACAAGAGGCUUGCUUACUGGCUUUAUCUUGGCGGCGGUCAGUUAUGGCGCGCGACGAUGGUACGUUAGCGCCCAUCCAGAUGCUGAACACUGGGUGGAUCCCCUUGUCCCGCCGCGUCAUCACGAUGACCACGGACAUGGUCACGGUGGACAUGGACACGGUGGACACCAUUAA